GUUGUCGUUGUUGCUGCUGGCAGAGCGCAGGCCGCAGUGAUUUGGUAGCCGCUGCAGUAGGAGGAAGGACCGCGGUUCUACCCCUUCUAUCUUUCAGUUUCGUCUCGAAAUUUUAUCGGUGGUUCUUUCUGGUAACGAUCGGUACAUUGCGUGUACAGUAACGGAGCUCUGUGAUUAAACAAGUUAUAGUAUUACCAACGGACAGUGAUAUCAAUCGCCAUUUUAAUCGCACGUUUCCCCUGACAGAAGCGCUAGCACAACAAUGGCUCUGAAAAGAAUUCACAAGGAGUUGAACGACUUGGCACGCGACCCACCGGCCCAGUGUUCUGCAGGACCAGUAGGAGAUGACAUGUUUCACUGGCAAGCCACAAUAAUGGGACCUAAUGACAGUCCUUACCAGAGUGGGGUUUUCUUCUUGACCAUACACUUCCCCACAGACUACCCCUUCAAACCGCCAAAGGUUGCAUUUACCACGAGAAUCUACCACCCAAAUAUCAACAGCAACGGCAGCAUUUGUCUUGACAUUCUGCGAUCACAGUGGUCUCCGGCUCUCACCAUCUCCAAAGUCCUCCUGUCCAUCUGCUCUCUGCUGUGUGACCCGAACCCGGACGACCCCUUAGUACCCGAGAUCGCCCGCAUCUACAAGACGGACAGGGAAAAGUACAACAGAAUAGCUCGGGAAUGGACACAAAAGUAUGCAAUGUAGUGUUGGGUUAGAAUCAUGGCCAACCACCUCUACGACCUAAGGUUAGGGGAGCUUCAGACGUAAAGAGAAAACAAACAAAAAACCAUUCAAACAAAUGAAAAGUUUAAAACAAGAUCUUGUUGGUUUCCGUUGGAGUGCUUUCUUUGAGCCACACCUCCCCCUUCACCAGAGUACCUGUAAAACUCCCUCUGCCCCUCCUCUCUUUUUCUCUCUCUCUUGCUCUCUCUUUCUCUCUCUCCCUCUCUCUCCUCCCUCUGUUUGACUCUGUCUUCCCUCCCCUCCAGCCUCUCAGCUCACCUGCCCUCCUCCCUCCAGUGUACAUAUUGUCUGCUUGCAAUGGUAACACCCAUCUCCCCCUGCUCCUUUUUCACCUCCCUCCCCUGUGACCUCUGGCCCCAUCUCCGGACUUCUGUAUUGAGUUACAUGUUGUCACCACACAGGUUGGGCUGCCCCCCCGAAACAAACUCCUUCUUCCACUCACCUGAAUCCGCACCCCUUCCCCAGACGUUAAUCCUUAAAAGCAAUCAUUUAAGCAUCUGUAAAACUUGGAGGAGACCCUUUUUCCUCUUUUUCCCUAAUUAUUUAGGACAGUAGGAUUUUUACACUCUGCAUCCUUUCUUGUUUUGUCACCUUUUAUAAUUCCCAUCUAUAGAGGUGACGAUUCAAGAAAGCGAUUUAUUUUGGAGUCAAAGGGCACUCUGUAUUUUAUAAAAUGAAUACUUAAAAAUAAAUCAUUGCAGGCUGGGGAAAAUGGGGGAAAGUGUGCACAUGGCCUAUUUUGGUGUUGGAGGAUUCUAUGAAAGGACUUGGAUUUAUACCCACACCUCCUGCUCCUAACUACCCCCCCUCCCCAACUAAGUUGACCCCUUUGUACACACACAUAGACACACAUGCACGCACAAUUGUAACCCCCAUGUCACCCCGACCACUACCGCCAACUUUUCUUUACUCACAGUGGAGGUUCUGGACCAGGUAUUUAAGCAAUUUAUUUUUCUUAGUUUAACCUGUGUUUUUAUCUCCCCUCCCCCGCCCCCCAUAACUCUUUUAGGUUGCUUUUUUUUCUCCUUUUUUCUUAUUUGGUUUCUCUUUUUGUUUUUGCUAUUGUUAAAUUAGAGGCUAACAUCUUAAAUGGCUAUGGGACUGGCUUGGGCUCUGGGUGCGAGGAGAACCCACUCUUCUUGCACAAAACCUCUGUAUAUUGAAUUACCUGAGAGGCUCGUUGAGCUUUGUGUGUUGAUUAAACUGUGUAAUAAAAACCCAUUAUUCCUG